AUGGCAACUUUCUCUUGCGGGAGGUCGCCGGCGCUCGUGAAGGCCGCCGCCCCGUGCGCCGCCAGCAAGUUCCCCCCAGCCGCCCCUUCCAGGGAUGCCUGCCGUCAUCGGUACCUUGGAGACGGGUCCUUGUUGGUCACAGGGGCGCCGCUGCAGGUCAAGGCGCCGCAGAGGUCCUCAGGGAGGAAGGCAGUGAUCGUACGGGCGGCAGCGGGCGUGGCCACAGAAUCUGGUCUCCAGGCGCCGCAUGGGGGCAAACUCGUGGACUUGAUGCUGCCGGAAGCUGAGAAGGCUCGGGCAGCGGCGGCGUGCUCCAAGACCAUGGAACUCAGUGAUAGGAAUGCCUGCGAUGUGGAGCUUCUUGUCGUGGGGGCUUUCUCCCCCUUGGAAGGAUUCAUGAACGAAGAUGAGUACAACUCAGUUGUGGAGACCAUGCACACUACUGAUGGAGUGGUGUUCGGCCUCCCCAUUGUGCUGGACACUGUAGAUGAAGACACUGCAGUUGGAGACAAGAUCUUGCUGCAAUACCAAGGUGCAGAUCUGGCAAUAAUGACUGUUGAGAGCAAGUGGACCCCCAACAAGCCCCUGGAGUGCCUGAAGUGCUAUGGCACCUCACAGCUUGAACACCCUGCUGUGCAAAUGGUGUCCAUGGAGAGAGGGAAAUAUUACAUAGGUGGCAAGAUCCAGGGUCUCACGCUUCCAAAGCGCGUGUUCCCUUGUGCCACACCAAGGGAAGUUCGAGCCACCCUCCCAGAGGGGAAAGAUGUCGUGGCGUUUCAGUGCCGCAACCCAAUCCACAGAGCUCACUAUGAGCUGUUCACGCGGGCGCUCGGUGCGGACAAUGUUGGCAAGGGUGCUGUAUGCCUCGUCCAUCCAACCUGUGGACCAACCCAGGACGAUGACAUCCCUGGCAUCGUCCGUUAUCACACCUACGAAGUGUUGAAGACAGAGACUAACAAUCCUGCCCUGCGGUGGGCAUAUCUGCCAUACUCCAUGCAUAUGGCAGGCCCCAGGGAAGCUAUCCAGCACAUGAUGAUCAGAAAGAACUACGGCUGCACGCACUUCAUCAUCGGGCGUGACAUGGCUGGCUCCAAGAGUACUGUCACAGGAGAAGACUUCUAUGGUGCAUAUGAAGCCCAGGACUUUGCAGCCGAGCAUGCAUCUGAACUGGGCAUGAAGACUGUACCAUCUCUCAACAUUGCAUAUACAGAAGAGAAGGGAUAUGUGACUGCUGAUGUGGCCGAGAAAGAGGGACUCCACACGGUCAAGCUUUCAGGUACCCAGUUCCGGAAGAUGCUGCGUGCUGGGGAGGAUAUCCCAGAAUGGUUUGCUUUCAAGUCGGUAGUGAAGGUUCUCCGGGAAGAAAUGGCGAACCUCAGCUGA